AUGUCGCCAGCUGAGACUAAGGCCGAACCCGUCGACGAGGUCGAGUUCGGCGAUAACAUCGACAUGAACACUUUCGAGCAAAUUCUGGAGAUGGACGAGCCAGGCGAUUGCGAGUUUAGCCACUCCAUUGUUUUCGGCUUUUUCGAACAGGCAGAAGAGACUUUUGGACAGAUUGAUACCGCAUUGGAUGAGAAAAAUCUUGAAGAACUGUCAUCUCUCGGCCACUUCCUCAAGGGUUCUUCAGCGACACUGGGACUCGUCAAGGUCAGGGACGGAUGUGAAGCGAUCCAGCGAUAUGGCAAGAAUGAGAAUUUGGAUGGCUCUACCCUAGAUGAUGACGAGAAGUGCCUAGAGCUCAUCCGAGACUCCUUCACCGUUGUUAAGAAAGAUUACGACGUGGUAAAGGAGCAACUGGAGAAGUACUAUGAGAACAAGGAAUAA